AUGCAAACACCCCUCGUCGACGCUGAAGGCUUCCCACGUGCCGACAUCGAUAUCUUCGCUGUGCGGCCUGCGAGAGUGCGGAUAAUUGAACUGAGAAAUGACUUGGAGGACGUCAUGGACCAGAUCGCACGGGCAUUGGAGGGCAUUUACGAUCCUACGCUGCAACCUGCCACAACGUCGAGUCAAGACCAGGAUCCGUCAACUAUCCCGGAUCCUCUGACACCGUUUGCGAAGGUGGACAGCGUCGCACCAGGAAGUCCUGCCUCAGCCGCUGACAUGAAGAAAGGCGAUCUGAUAGUCAAGUUUGGGAGACUCGACAAGGGCUCAUUCACGGAAGGAUCUCUCCAACCGUUAGCCGGACUUGUAGCAGACAACGAAGACCGCGCCAUCGCGAUCCGCGUGCUUCGUUCAGGCCAGACAGUAUUCUUGACGCUGACACCGCAGAAAAAUUGGGGAGGACGAGGGAUGUUAGGAUGUCAUAUCAUUCCGUAUUCUUCAUAG